AUGUUAGACCGAAAGAGGCGAAAGUCUGAAAUAGAUGAAUCGGUUGCUGUUGCGGUCGAAGAAGAAAUAGCGAAUGACGGGUCACCUGAGGAGACUGGAAUGUAUUUCCAAACCGACAUCGACAAAGACCUUAUGGACGCUAUGCAGUCAGAGUUGCAGCAGUUACGCACAGAGAACACUGAUUUGAAAGAUAGGGUCAUGUCGUUGGAAACAAAGUUUUCCAUGGACUACUUUAGGGACAAUGAUGAGAAGGUCAAGCACCUCACAGGACUACAGACUUAUACAACCCUAGUGAUUCUCUACCAAUUUCUUGAACCAUUUCUCCCGACAAGUUUGAUUAUGAACAAGUUCAAGGUGAUGACCCUUACCCUAGUGAAAUUACGCUUAAACCUAUCAAACAUGUUCCUUGCCUACGAGUUUGAGACCAAUCAGUCAACCAUUUCGCGGUUACUGACAUCAACUAUUUCCGUUAUGUACAAACGUAUGAAAAAACUUAUUAAAUGGCCUGAACGUGAAACUUUACAGAAAACGAUGCCAAUGGAAUUUCGCAAGAACUUUGGAAAGAAAUGUGCUGUGAUUAUAGACUGUUUUGAAGUAAAUGUCGAGAAACCAACUGGACUGAGAGCUAGAGCCGAAACGUGGUCUUCUUACAAGCACCAUCAUACGAUUAAAUUUCUGAUCGGUAUAACACCACAGGGAACUGUUUCGUACAUAUCAGAUGCCUGGGGUGGGCGCGUAAGUGACAAGUACAUUACAGAACAUAGUGGAUUUUUAGAUAAAUUGCUACCAGGAGAUCUUGUUUUAGCUGACCGAGGGUUCGAUGUCAGCGACAGUGUUGGAUCUGUUUGCGCGCAAGUUAAAAUUCCAGCAUUUACGAAAGGGCGAGACCAGUUGUCACCACUUGAUGUAGAGGCCACUCGAAAACUGGCACAUUCAAGAAUUCAUGUGGAACGUGUCAUCGGAUCAGUACGACAAAAGUAUACAAUACUGAAUGGCUCUUUGCCAAUUAAUUUCUUGAUGAACAAAGACUCAAACGGGAAAACAGUCACUGAUAAACUGGUCACAGUGUGUUGUGGGCUUGUGAAUCUAUGUGAUUCUGUUAUUGACUUUAAUUGA